AUGGGAGGUUGCGUGAGCAGUCCUAGGGAUCUUGCCUUGAAUGAGGGAGAAGUCCCAGUUGAGGCUACCACCACUCCAAACAUUGCUGAGGGAGAUAUUGUUGCUCAGGAGAAUAGCUUGGAAGCAGUUGAAAAGAAAGAAGAGACUUUGGUAGAUGUAAUUGAGGCUAAGGAGGAGAAAGUUGAAGAGAAAGUAGAAGUUAAGGCAGAAGAAAAAGUUGAAGAGAAAGUAGAAGUUAAGGUUGAAGAGAAAGUGGAAGAGAAAGUAAAAGUCCAAACAGAAGAAAAAGUUGAAGAGAAAGUAAAAGAUAAGGCAGAAGAAAAAGUGGAAGAGAAAGUAGAAGCUAAGAUUGAAGAGAAAGUAGAAGUCAAGACAGAGAUAAAAAUUGAAGAGAAAGUAGAAGUCAAGGUUGAAGAAAAAGUAGAAGUCAAGGCAGAAGAAAAAGUUGAAGAGAAAGUAGAAGUCAAGGUAGAAAAGACUAAAGUGACUACUGAGACUAAGAAAGCUGAAAAGGAAGAAGUCAAGACACCAGAGAAAAUAGAGGAACCUCUUGUCAUUCUGUGA